GGUCGAAGAGUCGGGCAAAUGAAUAACUUCUAGCGAAUUUACCAACAUGAAACUGCCGGUUGAAAAAUCUGUGUACAUCCGCUCGUUGUUGCUUUUAAUUUUACAGCUACAGAUUUACGCCUGUACAGCUAAAAAGUACAAUGCAGACGACUACAAGGAUCCUCACUACGCCGAAGGACGUACGACAAUGGUUCAUCUGUUCGAAUGGAAAUGGGAGGACAUAGCCAAAGAGUGCGAAACAUUUCUAGGACCUAUGGGAUACGGCGGUGUUCAAGUGUCCCCGAUCUCGGAGAAUCUGGUGAUAAAGGGACGACCCUGGUUCGAGCGCUACCAACCGGUAUCCUACAAAAUCGCCACUCGCUCGGGCAACGAGAAGCAAUUCAGGGACAUGGUGCGGCGAUGCAACAAGGUCGGCGUCCGAAUCUACGUCGACGCGGUUAUCAAUCACAUGACCGGCGACGGCGAGAACGUCGUCGGCACGGGCGGCUCCAAGGCUUACCCGCCUCGUUAUCCGGCGGUCCCGUACGGGCCGAAGGACUUCAACCUGCCGCGCUGCGGCAUCGAUUAUUCCAACGCCACGAGCAUCAGAGAUUGCGAGAUGGUCGGCAUGCACGACCUGAAUCAGGGCAGAGCGCACGUCAGGAGCAAGAUCGUCGCGUUUUUCAACAAAGCCGUGUCGCACGGAGUGGCUGGUUUUAGAAUCGAUGCAGCCAAGCACAUGUGGCCCAAGAAUUUAGAAGCUAUUUACUCAAAAAUAAACAAUUUAAAACCAUCCGUCUACGGAACCAAAAAACGUCCGUUCAUUUUUCAAGAAGUCAUAAGCUUUUUCACGAACGAACCGGCCAACAAAUUUCAGUAUAACAAUUUGUCAACCGUGAUCGAUUUCGUAUUCGGUGCAUCGUUAGGCCGAAUCUUUGGAGGCCAGCAGCCGCUCGCAAGCUUGGAAAAUUGGGGCACGCAAGAAAACGGACUUUUGCCAUCGAAAGAUGCUCUGGUUAUGAUCGAUAAUCACGACAACCAACGAGGACACGGUGGCGGGGGUAGCACUAUUCUCACCUACAAAGAACCGAAACAGUACAAGAUGGCUGUAGCGUUUAUGCUGGCGCAUCCUUACGGACAUCCGCGGGUAAUGAGCUCGUUCAAUUUUUCCGACCCCAAUUCGGCUCCCCCGGCCGACGACAAUGAAAAUUUGCUCUCGCCGAGCCCGAUCAGCGGAAACGUUGCGGCUGGACACGUGGCGGAUCACUGCGGUCACGGCUGGGUGUGCGAACACCGCUGGCGGCAAAUUUACAACAUGGUCGGGUUCCGCAACGUUGCCGGCAGCGACGCGAGCCUGGCUAAUUGGUGGUCCAACGGCAAUAAUCAAAUCGCGUUCUCAAGAGGUAGCCGCGCUUUUAUCGCCUUCAACGGGGAAGCUGGAAACGAUUUGAAUCAAACAUUGUCGACGGGUCUUCCAUGUGGAAAGUAUUGCGAUAUUAUAUCCGGUAGUAAAACAAAUGGUAACUGUACGGGGAAGUUGGUCGUAGUUGAUGUCGAUGGUAAAGCCGACAUACAAAUUCUCAAAGAUGCCGAAGACGGUGUUCUGGCUAUACACGUCGGGUCGAAGCUUUGACUCAACAAAAGAAAUUAAAGUUGAUU